GUUAGCAAUAACAACAGCAAGUUUAUCAUUAUUCGUGGUGGCGAAGAACUACAUUAAUACUCAGCGUGUUGAGAAUAUGAAAGCAAGAGAACGCAUGCGAAGAUCUAAUCAAGGAGAAUACCCUGACUUGUAUCGGAAAUUGUGAACUUGAAUUCAUUAUAAUAUAUACCAUUGAACAUUACUUAGUUAAAACGUAAAGAUGGCAGUACCGCAGCUAGACCCUGCAAAGCUGCAAUUGGUGCAGGAACUGGAGAUUGAGAUGAUGUCCGACAUGUACAACCGCUUGGUGAGCGCAUGUCACCGGAAGUGCAUACCAAUUAAAUAUCAUGAACCUGAAUUAGGAAAAGGCGAAUCUGUAUGUUUAGAUCGCUGUGUAGCCAAAUACUUGGACGUACAUGAACGCAUAGGUAAGAAACUUUCCAAUAUGUCACAAGGAGAAACCGAAGAUCUCACAAAGGUCAACAUACCAGACAAAAAAUAGUACGAAGCUACUACUCACGACAAAUCAAUCAGUUGCUAGAUUUUUCACAGUGACCAGUACAAGACAUCUGCAGAUUUGAGAUAUUUUGUUGUGAAAAAUUUGCAGUAAUAUAUAGGUGAAGUAGUCUUUCUAUAUAUAAUAUUAAUUCUGCCAUUAUGUCAGUACUUCACUAUGAGAAAACAAUCUACUAUCACUAGUAAUCUCGAGAGAUUAUGCUACCUUGGUCAUCUACCCUAACAAGGGCAGUGCUUCACUUGUGACGUUUGGGAAAUAAUGUUACUCAAUUUUGUCUGUGUAGUUCAAAAUUCAAAUUUUUAUAACCGGUUCUGUAACUGAAACAUUGGCUGAAACGCAAUUGGUGCAAUUAUUUUGCCUACUUCUAUGAAAACUAUUUUUCUAAAACUAGUUUAUUUUCAUAAUUAGUUCAAAGCUCUGUCCAGUGUUGUUACUUCAUACGGCUAUUCAAAAAAGUUAUGUUUAUUUAUCUCUACACUACCCUCUAUGGUACUCUCACAGCUCGACAAUAUUUUAAAGAUACUGUAAUACACUGUACUGUAAUGCAUAAAAAGUAGGAUUAUGUAAAUUUUAAGACAGAAACUAGCGGUUACCGAAUGAAACGACCAUAGAGUUUAAUGAACAAACAAAUUUUAUUAGCAUUCUUUUUUAAUCAUAAUUUAAUACUGUUCAUGUUUUUCAAGAUCAAUCAGCCAUAAACUGUAAAUUUUUUUUUUUAAAUUUUUUUAUGAUUGAAAGAUUACUGGUGGCCCGGAGUCCUUUCCAGUUUCACCAGGACACGUGGGACAUGUUUUUUUAUAAAUAUGCUGGAAUGUCUUACGUGAACACGAAACUUAAUUAAAUUUAUGCUUUUAAAUUUCAUCGUGAUAAAAGCUGAAUUGAUUUGUCGUAAGUCAAAGCUUACAAAAGUAACGUUUACAAACAAUGCGGAGACCGCGUUUCAGAAUUCUGAAUGUUAUGCUAAUUAAGGAAUUCUCUUAUUGAAAUGCAUUUUUUUUGUUAAUUAGCGUGGACUAUAUGUUUAGGUUGAAUUGUUAGAUAGUUAUUAAAAAAUAAAACAAAUGAAUAAAUGCAACAAA